AUGACGGACACUAUAAAGAAUGAUUUGAAAAUUAAUCAUUCAAAUGUAUCAAGUGAUUUUGAAAACAGUUCAGACUCAUCAUAUGUUGAAACGCCUAUACAUUCAUGGAAAGGUAGAUUAUGGGAUUCAUGGGAUAAACCUCAAAAAGAACGUUGGUUCUUAUUUAAAUUAGAUUUCCUACUAAUGUUUAUUGCUGGAUCUGGUGUUUUCCUUAGAUACUUGGAUCAAGCCAAUAUAAAUAAUGCAUUUGUCUCAGGUAUGAAAGAAGAUUUAAAUUUAUAUGGUAAUGAAUUAAACUAUGCAAAUACUUGUUGGUCAAUUGGUUAUGCUAUUGCACAGAUUCCAUCAAAUUUAUUAUUAUCAAAAUUGAAAACUCCACAUUAUUAUAUCGCUUUCUUAGAAAUUGGUUGGUCUGUUUUAACUUUUUGCUCUGCAAGUUUUAAUGGUCCAAAAUCUAUGUAUGGUAUUAGAUUUCUCAUUGGUGUUUUAGAAGCUGGUCAUUUCCCGGCAGUGAUGUAUAUUGCAAGUUCAUGGUAUACAAAAUCAGAAUUAUCGAAAAGAAUUUCAAUCAUUCAAUUUAAUACUUCAACUGGUCCAUUAAUUAGUGCUUUUUUACAAACAGCUGCUUAUAAUGGUCUUAAUGGUACACAUGGUCGUGCAGGUUGGAGAUGGUUAUUCAUUGUUGAUGGUAUAAUUUCAUUACCAUUAGCUGUAUUAGUAGUUUUCUUAUUGCCUGAUAUUCCAAGAACUCAAAAACCAAAUUGGAUAUUCUCAAAUAAAGAAAUUGAAUUGGCUAAAAAAAGAGUACCAACAGAAGUUAAGAUUCAUGCUACUUUUAGAAAAUCAGAUAUCUUAAGUUGGUUAGGAACAUGGCAUGUUUAUUUUUUCAGUAUUUCAUUUAUAUUAGAAGCACUAUCAGGAUUACCAUCAAGUUCAUUACCAUUUUGGUUUAAAUCCUUCAAUACAAAGACACAUAUUGAAUAUACAGUUGGACAAAUUAAUAAUUAUUCAGCUCCAUUAUAUGCAAUAAGAAUCCUUGCAACUGUGAUUCAAGGAUAUAUAUCAGAUGAUUUAUUAAAAGGUAAAAGAUGGAUAAUCAUCGCAUUCAACGGUAUUGUAAUGUUUUGUUUAGGGAUUGCAUUAGCAACAACACUAGUUCAUCCUUCAGAUCGUGCUGGUAGAUGGACACUAUAUUAUCUUAUAGGUAUUUAUGCCAAUGGUGCACAAGCAUGGACAUGGGUUAACGAAGCUACAAUGGGGGAACCUUCUAAAAGAGCAUUUGUUGGUGCUGUUAUGAAUGCUUUUGUUUAUGCUUUUACUUCAUUUGUUCCAAUUUUUGCAUUCCCAACUCAAGAUCAACCUUUUGUUAAAAAGGGAAAUAUCAUGUCUGCUUGUUUAGCUUUAGUUAGUGUUUUUUUUGCAAUUGGUGGUGGUUAUAUUGAACAUUUGAAAUUAAGAAGUGGAUUUUUCAGAAGUGUUCCACUUAAAGAUAUUGAAGAUGAUGGUAAAAUUGAAGAUUCUGAAGCAAGUGCAGGUGAUGUGAAAAAAAGUUCAGAAAAAAAUAUUUGA